UGAAGUUUGCGCGAUAGCCAACAAAAUGUGAAUAUUCGGAACUCCCAAAGUAAAAUGACAUUUGAAAUGCGCGCCGUUACCGCGGAGCUUCCGCUGUCAACGUCAACGUAAACACUGUAGAGGUGGCAGCACUGUCGGCUUAAUGCAGAGAAGUUCUCCGUAAGCUUUCUUUCAACCGUGGUAUUUUUCGCACUUCUCUGUGAUUUUACUGAAUUUUCAUCGUUCCGACCACAAAUUUCCAAACUCUCGACUAAGCCGACAUGUCUGAAUCCGAGGAGGCAUUCGAGAGCGCAGACGAAGAUAUUGAUGACACCCGCGAAGGAUCCAAACGUCAAUCCAAAGCAUCUGCAAUAAAACUGAGUAAAAUUAAAGAGACAGGGUCACCGGAAAGGCAACCCAAAACAGACGGCACUGCCCAAGACAAUGUCUCGGAGCUUCAGAAGUCAGUGGAUGCUUGUGCCACAUCAGGACAGAUAGCCACAAAAGCUACUAAGGAAGCUGGAGGAGGGGAACCAGAAAGUGUACAGGGCAAAGACAAAGAGCUGUCAGUCCUAGAAAAACUGGCGCAGGCUGCAACACGAGAUGACAAGGGCUCCACAAACUGGGGUUUUGGGAAAUGGGGUUCAUCUAUUCUGUCAACAGCAGCAACAUCUGUGACAACUUUCACAAACCAAGUGUCACAGGGCAUUGGCACAGUGAUUGAAACUGUGGAAAACACACUGGGAGCUCCAACACCUGAGGAGUUGGCUGCAGAUGUGGAAAAACAAGAUAUCAAGGAACCAGAACAAGAGGUUUCAAGUGAUGAUACAACUCAUGGUACUGAUAAGAAUGAACAGCCAGAAGAGAAGCAAGAAGCCACUGGUGUGAGUGGUAUCUUAAGUGGUGUCACGGCAUUCACCAAAGUCAUCGAAGCUACAGGUUCCAAAGUGAUCAGCGGCAGUCUCGACACCUUGGAGAUGAUCGGAAAAAAGACGAUGGACAUAUUAACGGAAAAUGACCCUGGAUUGCGCAAGAAACGGGCCAUGUUCGAAGGGAAAGUUAACUUAUCGGAGGUGCUACGUGAAGCGAAAAUGAAAGCUGAAAUGGAGGAACAAAAUCGCGCAAAGGAGGAAGAAUCAAAUGGAGUCGUGCAUUACAGCAAACUGUUUGACGAACAUCAGGGUCUGGUUCACCUCGAGGCACUUGAAAUGUUAUGCGAGGAGCGUAGGACAGCCGUUCAGCAGUACUUGUUUUCGCUUGGUGAGGAGGAGAAGUUGGAGCAGAAUGCAGUUUUGGACAAAAUCAAAAGGACGUGCGAGAGCCUUCCUUGUACUGACGAUACCCCAGAUGAUGAAGUCGACCAAGACUUCGACCUACUGGUGACGCAGCACCUGACCAGGAUUGGUCUCAAUUUGAGAGGUGAAAAGCUGAAGGCAAUGGAUGCUGAUGCCAGGACGUGGCUGUCUGACUGUACAGCAGAACAGGAGAGAGGUGUCAAGAAAGAUCCAAAUGAUGUCUACACAAAGAGCUUGGAAAGCAUGGCCGAAAUGACAGCCAAAACGAUGGAGCUCUACCACAAAGCUGCCGAGCUGUUGCUAGUCAAAACAGACACAGAAACAACAGCAGUUCAGUAUGCAACGCAUCUCACAGGGUUGACUGCAGUCUUGUGCACAGAGAUAGGGAUCUUGUCAUCAAGAUUUGGACGAUGUCUGAACACAGCAGCGGACGAUUCUGAAGAUCCGGAUUCAGUAACACCUCUCAUCACCAACAUUUACCUUGAAGCAUCAAAUAGCAACACCUAUAUUCAAGAUGGAUUUCAAUUACUGGUUCCCGUACUGCAGUCACUGCUCUUGCCAAAAUAGGCCCGAAAGAUGUUUGCUGGUGUACAGGAGAUCACAUUCGACUCAUGGUCAUUUUGCGCUGACCAAAGCAGCAGCAGCUCAUAUCCCGGUGCCCCACUUUUUUCCACCUCAUGUGAGCUUGACAGCCCAGUUGCUUUCCCAGCUAACUCCAUCUGUGUGAUCACUGCUGAGAAAUAUGUCUGAAAUGAGAAAAGUGCAGGGAUACUCUAGAAAAAGGAUUGCUUCACAGGGUCUGUUGUUGUCGGUGCUGUAUUGGGAACAUUCCUUCAGUUUCAUUGCUGUUUGAAUGGUGAUGCAAAGAUCUGUUUUUUUUUUUUUUUUUUUUUUUUUUUUUUUUUUUUUUUUUUUUUACUGGUCAGGAAGAGAGAGAGAAUUUAAAAAACAUGGGACAUUGAACAAUAUAUGUAUAGUUAUAGCAAGUAUGGAAAGCCCAUAACACUCUCUAAGACUGCCUCUGUGAUAGUGCCACAGAACAUUUGCAGAGCAUGGAGAGUUUUGGUGUGCCAACGUUGAAUAAGGGAUAGCAGCUAGAUGUAACCAUGACCCGUGUGCUACUUUUGGCAGAGAAUGCAAGGAGCACCCUCCAAGUAUACUCUUACGCUCAGCUGUAAAUUUUCCUAGAUUCUUGUAAUUUAAUUAACUGUGCUACUUACAAUACCCAUGAACAUGUCGAAAUUAUAGUGCUGUAUUGUGCAGACCUGUAAAAAUUUUCGGAGCAAUUGUAAAGCAAUUGAAUUAUAACUACAUGAUCAUCAGAGUUAAAAUUUUAAUUGUUACUUAAUUACAAUUACAGUUACUCUGAACAGUAAUUGAGUUAGUGUACAUUUCUUUCAACACGUGUUUUUGGUGUAUCACUUCAUGCUUCUUCCCUGAGGAACUUUGUAAUGUUUGUCAUGUGUGCCCUGUUGUCUUCUGGGUUAUUUGGGUUUGACUUGAAAGGGCAUCUCCUAUUAUUCGUGCCCCUAAUCACACACAUUGUUGCAGUCAUGAUAACCUUUUUUUUUUUUUUUCUUUCGUCAAUGGAUAAAAAUUGGACACUAUAAGAUUAAAAAAGAAGUUGUAUCCCAAAUCAUAUAUAAAAACAAUCCUGGAAGUAAUUAUUUACUAAGAAUGUAAUUUACAUGUCUGCACUUGUGUGACAUUCGGCGUGAAAAAGGCAACAGUUGAAAUGGCACAAGUUCAGGCAAGGUGGUGGAUAGGCUGAAUGACGAGAAGAGAUUUGAGCAUGGGCGACACAAAUGGACUGCUGUUUUAAACUGUCACUGUGCCGUGUGUCUUUUUUACUUGCUCAAGCUCAGUCCUUUCUCAUUCUUGCAACAAUUGCCACUGUGCAUUUUGUAAAUAGCAACUUCUGUGCUGCAGUAUUUAUCCUUCCAAAUGGCACAAGUGCAAAAUGCUCAGGCAUUUCGAGAGAGAAUAAAUUAUUCAACUACCUUAAGUGGUGUGCUACCCACAUGUUCUGUCAACAUUUGAUGUUGUUCCUCGUUGUAGAGCCACUGGUAUGGUGGCACAAAAAAUAAACACGAUUCCAUGUAAACAUUUUACUUUACAUUUA